AUGCUGAGACACCUUGUUCUGCGAGUGGUUAAAGCGCCUAGCCAGCCGCGAAGAUGUCUCGUGACAGCGCGUCGGUUAUGUGCGCGCAAUCCGCCGUUGAUUAGAGAUGCAUUCGCUUCACCCAACGCCGUUAAUAACCCCGAGAAGAUCAUCACACCUGGAAACUACAGACUGACGAACUGCGGACCUCCUCCUUGUCUCCGCGACGAAUUGCUCUGCAAUGUAUCGGAACCGAUCAGAGACAGCUCGAAUAAGGUGACUGUUGUUGGAGCCGGAAUGUGCGGCAUAGCCGCGAUCAAUGCGAUACUUUGUCAGAAAAUUACCGGCCAUGUAGCGAUCGUCGAUGCUUUCCCAAAGAGGAUGGAGGGUGAAGCCCUCGACCUUCAGCAUGGUGCAACCUUCAUGGGCGAUCCUAGGAUCGAGUAUGACACUGAUUUUUGCGCGUCAAGCAACUCGAAGGUUGUCAUCUUGACGGCUGGAGCGCGUCAGUUGGAAGACGAGAGUCGGCUGGACCUCUUGCAGCGAAACGUUGAAAUUUUCAAAAAUAUAAUACCGCCGCUUGUCCAGUAUAGCCCGGAUGCAAUAUUCCUGGUAGUGACAAACCCAGUCGACAUCAUGACCUGGGUUACCUGGAAACUGAGCAACCUUCCGGUUCACAAAGUCAUAGGGACUGGGACCCAGAUUGACUCCUCGCGGUUUCAGUUCCUCAUCUCAGAACGCCUCGGUAUCAGUCCCAGCUCAAUUGCUGCCUGGAUCAUUGGUGAACACGGAGAUUCUCAGGUACCUCUGUGGUCUGGUGUUAACGUGGCUGGUGUUCAGCUGCGCGACAUUGUGCCUAAUAUUGGUUUGGCAACUGACUACGAGAAGUGGAAUGAGGUCCACCAGGAAGUGAUCCGAGCAGGAAUGACUUUGAGGUGCCUCAAGGGUUACACAAACACGGCAAUCGGUCUCUGCGUCGCUGGAAUCGUUGAUUCCAUCCUGCGAAAUGUGAAUGACGUUAAAUCGAUUUCGACGUUGGUUCAGGGCCAUCACAACAUCUGUGAUGAAAUAUUCUUAUCCCUUCCUGUCGCGCUAGGCGAGGGUGGAAUCACGAAAAUUAUUCGAAUGCGGAUGACUGAGUUUGAGAAAAAGCAACUCAUGCUUUCUGCCGAGACUAUAGCCAAAGCACAAAAGGAUGUAAAAGUCUGAAUGUUUUAGAACGUCUGAGUGUUCAAAUGACUAAGCUCAAGGCGUUCUUAUGUUGUUUGCCAUUUUUGUUUUCU